UACAUUCACAUUGUAAGUAACGCAACCUGCUCCUUUCACAGUCGAUUCCGCACCUUGCAGUCACAUCUCCACACAACGCAUUUUCUCGUGGAAGAUGAAUUAUCGGGUCUCUUCGAUUCUUUUGCAGCAGUGUAAUGGUUAAAUCAGUGCCGAAUGCGUUAUUUGAUGUGGUGUGUGGUGUCUAAGCUUGAGCAGUCCUCUACAGUGAGAAGAUGGCGUCGGACGGAGCGAAAGGGGAGCAGCCACCUCCGCUACAAACACUGGUAACCACUGGCCAUGGAAGCGUCGAGGCGAAUAGGAAUCGUCCAGUGAAAUGUGAGCUUAACAUUGACAACCUGAGCAAACCAGAGCUCCUGACCCUCCUGAGCAUCAUGGAGGGAGAGCUUGAGGCCAGAGACCUGGUCAUUGAAGCCCUCAGGGCUCGUAGGAAAGAAGUAUUUCUGCAGGAACGGUAUGGGCAAUUCACUCUAACGGACCCGUUCCUUGCCUUGCAGAGGGACUUUGAGUCCGAAACGGGGGCGAAGGACCAUAGGCCUGUUAGUGCAAGCCCCAUCACCGUUCUAGAAGCUGUAAUGGCCCACUGCCGCAAGAUGCAGGAGAGGAUGUCUGCCCAGCUUUCGGCUGCUGAGAGCAGACAGAAGAGGCUUGAGUUGGAGAAACUGCAGCUGCAGAGCCUGGAGCAGGAGCACAGGAAGCUGUCGGCUCAGCUAAAGGAUGAACGAGAGAAAAACAAACACGUGGUGAUGUCGUUGGUGCAUGAAUGCAAGCAACUAGCUGCUCGCGUGGUCGAAGAGAACCAGCGCUUUGAAGAGCUGUCAUCCCGCACUGAUCAGGAUGGCCGCUCUGUGGGACGACUGGAGGAGGAGCUUGCGACCGAGCGCCGUCGUAGCCAACAGAUGGAGGCGGAGAUGGAGAAACAGCUGGCCGAGUUUGACACAGAGCGAGAGCAGCUACGUGCCAGGCUUAGCCGCGAGGAGACGCGUUCUGCAGAGCUGCGCGCUGAAAGCAAGAUUCUAAAUCAGCAGGUGGAGCAGCUAAGAACUGAGCGAUGCAAAGACGCCCCACCACUGCCUUCUGGUACCCCAGCAUCUGCCACUGUCCCUGCCCCAGUUAAACCCAAGACUAUGACAUCUGUGGCUGUGGGCACUGAGGCAGUCGUCUGCAAGGUUUCCUCCUCUCAGACAGACCUUCCUUUGGAAAAUGAAGGGCCUAAGAAGGUGCUACUCACCAUCCCUGUCAAGCCUACAAGUACCAACUACACGAGCUUGAACCUACCUAAAACUCCCAGUGCAGGACGGGGACUACACCAUGGGAGCUCUCAGGCAGAAAAUGGUGGUGAGGGCCAAACGGUUCCACAUGGUUCACACUCACCUGGUGUGACUCUUAACUUGCCGGCUGGGGUCAGCCCCCGCGUCCAGGCGGCCCGUUACAAAUUCCAGCCCUCUUCCUCGGAGCAGGACCAAAAUGGAACACCAAACCAGAGCCCCCCUUCACGGGACCUGUCCCCUACAAACCGAGAUAACUUUGCAGCCAAGCAGCAGGCGCGCCACACUGUCACACAGGUUCUUUCCCGUUUCACAAGCCCACCUGCAGGGGGUCCCCCUUCAGUUCUACGGUCUGGUCUGCCACACUCCACAUCUGAGGGGGGGCCCUUCGCAGGGCGUUUAGGACACCCGACUUUGGCCCGCAUCGACAGGGGUAAUCCACCCCCCAUCCCACCAAAAAAACCAGGACUAUCCCAGACACCAUCCCCUCCUCACCCACCAAUCAAAGUAGUAGGUGAUGCCAACAGGCCCCCAGGAACUGGAUUAGGGGUGGGCCUUGCCAAAUCAACUGCCACCCCUCAGCUUCCACCAAAGCCCUCCUUAGAUUUGGGCGGUACAGUCCCAGCCUUGACCACGUCACAGGUGGGUGCUUCCAUCACGGGCUGGUCAUGGGGGCCACAGCCUAAAGCAGCAUGUGUGGAGUGUCCCCCUGUCACCACCUCCUCCACCAAAGCUACCAUUGUCAGUAGCCCUUCCAUAAACCCUGCUAGUGUUUCAUCCUAUAGCCCCCAGCAUCCGGGCAGCCCCCUGGCAGCAGCAUCAGGCUGGUGUCCCUCCAUAAUCCCCUCGCUAACCUGCGGUGACCCCGUCCCCCUGGAUGACGGGCAAACCCUUCUCCUCCAAGCUGCUUCCCAGGGAAAUGUCACUUUAUUGUCUAUGCUGCUUAACCAAGAUCCACUAUUGGAUAUUCAUCACCGCCAACAUGAAUUAACCUCUGCCUUGAUCUCUGCUGCUCUGAAUGGACACACAGACUGCUUAAAUCUGCUGCUGACUUCAGGGGUGUCUGCUGAAGCUACAGAUGAAACAGGAUUUACACCGUUACAUGCUGCUGCUAAAAACGGUCACCAUGGGUGUGUUAAAGCUCUUGUCAAGUGGGGAGCUGAUGUAGAGAGAGAGUGUUCUCAUGGAAGGACCCCUCUGUUCCUGGCUUGUGAACAGGGACAUGUAGAGUGUGUGAAAGUCUUGCUGGAUGCAGAAGCAGACCGGUCACAUGUCACCACUGACAACUGCACAGCUCUGCACGCUUCAGUCAGUUCAGGUCACGUGGACUCUCUGAAGCUCCUGUUACACCACCCGUCUCCUGAACCAGAGCUGGGUCACCCUCCCUCUCCUUGGGGCCCCAACCAAGAGCUCCUACACCCUGCCACAGCCAAGGCCAGCUACUUCCUCAACCACAGUAACCAGGAUGGCUGGACUGCUGCCCAUAUCGCUGCAUCCAGGGGCUACAAGAAAUGCCUGGAGGUUUUGUGUAACCACAGUCAACAGGACAUUGAGAAGAGGGACAAAUGCAAUCGCACCAUACAUGAUGUUGCCACAGAUGACUGCAAAGACCUACUAGAAAACCUGGACUGGUAUUCAGUGGUUGUACAGGUGCAGAUGGGCUCACCAGAGCAUCUUUGCCCCGUGGAUCUCCUGGAGGAUGGCUUCACUGUUGGCAAAGUGACAAUUCAGCGCCACACCAGCUGGGUGGAAUUGGCGAGGAGCUUGAAUCACCUGCUGACCAAUCACCUCCAGCAAGUUUGUGGGAGCUGGGAGCUGCAGGAAGGGCUAGGCAGAGCAGACACUCUUUUGGGCCUGUCUGCUGACAGCAUGGCCUCUGUUAUUAUAGGUGAUGCCGUCUGGCUGCGGGGGCAGGAGUUGCAUCAGUCACCUUGGGACCUUGUUCGAAAGCGCCUGAGUCAACAUAUUACCAUACAUCUUAAAGGCCUGUCAGAGUGCUCUUUGGAUGAGAUGACGUACGACUCCCUGAUCCCUCUACAGCUGCUGCAGAACUACGUCCGCCUGGUGGAGCAAUACCAUAACAUCAUCUUUCACGGGCCGGAAGGAAGUUUUCAGGAGUACAUAGCCAAUCAGAUUUCUCAUUAUAUUAAGCACAGACAGGAGACCCAGGGGAUUGGCUGUGAUGUCGUCAGGGUGGAGAUGGAUGAGAGUCUAUCUAAAGAGCACCUGCUGGAGAUCUUCAUCAACUGUGGGUUCCUGGUGUCUUUACAUGACGGCAGCGCAGGGCGAUGUGUGGUGGUGGUCCUGGAGGGUCUGGAGAGAGCUCACUCUCUCAGCCACAUACUGGGAGAUCUGUGUGAGGCCCUGGAGAACCGAGGAUCUGUCUAUACCUUCUCCCUCAACCAUGGUCACGUUGGGCUUUACUACUUCCGAGAAAGGAGUUUUCUGAUUGGCACACUGGCCAAGCCAUGCCUGCAAGGAGCUGAGCUACGAUUACAGCAGCACUUCCGCUGGGUUCAGCUGCGCUGGGACACCGAGCCCCUCAAAGGCAUGCUGGGACGUCAUCUCUGCAGAAAACUCCUCCACAAGACUCAAGGCCAGUGCUGGACAUCUGAUGAGCCCAUACACAAAACGCUUUCUUGGGUGUGUUCAGUCUGGCACCAGCUCAACGCCUGCCUCUCGCAUCUUGGGACCCCUGAGGCCUUGUUGGGACCCUAUUUCUUCCUCUCCUGCCCUGUGCAUCCAGAACAGACCCAGACAAUUCCCAAGUGGUUGGCAAGGCUUUGGAAUUCAGUGAUAGCUCCACGUGUCGAGGAUGCUGUAAUAUCUAGAGUAACAGCCAAGCGUUCUCCCUCCCAGCGGCGGUCUCCAAACAACAAAGGUCUGAGCCCAGGUCAGAGAGCCGUAGUCAAAGCAGCUCUGAAUAUCCUCCUGAAUAAAGCCGUGCUACAAGGCUGCCCACUGCCCAGACCAGAGAUUGACAGGCUCUUACCAGAGUUCCAAGGAGGAUGUUUCCCACUCUCCACGUUUGGCUCCUACAGAAAAGGUGGCAGAAAAGGAUGUGAUAAUGGUGCUUGGAGACGAGCUAAUACCAGUCCAAGGAAGAAAGUAAGCCCCGCCCCUGGGAGGAGCUCAAGCUGCUGUUUGAGAGAAGGAUCUCUGGCUAAUUUAGAUGCUUGCCAAAUGACAAAUGCCAGUCAUGCAAGACUCAGUGAUGGAGUUGAUGUUGGUCUUUCUCUCUACUCUGAUGAUGAGACUGAUCUAAUCAGGGAACUCCAGACCAUGUGCUCUAGCAAAUCUGAACCAGACAUAAGCAAGAUUGCUCUCUCUAAAGAGGACUUCAUCAUGCCUCCAUACUCGAAUCAGCAGACACCUCACAGGAGUGAUGGUGAGGUUACGCAGCCCCAGAAACACCCUGUUACAACAUACAGUGUUGUGGAUAUAGCCCAUCCUCCACCACAGAAGACUGACAGUUGUCACACCUCCACUCAGCGGUUGACAAGGCCCAGAUCUCAACUGCCCAUCCCAAGCGGCAGAGGGGCUCAGCAAAUGAACACUAGCAGCAGCAGCAGUUCCCUUCAAAGUCAGGGCAGUAACUUGAGCAGAGCCUCCGUGAGCAGCAGAGCAAGGCAGCCCCCACCCCACAACAACACAAACAACUUUACACAAGACCAGAUCUGGAUCCUGGACCCAAACUGUAAUGAAAGCUACAGUAAUCAAAGAUAGACUCCUCCCACUGCCCUCCCAUUGCCCUUAACCGGUUAUCGCCCUCUGUGUUGUGAAGUUUGGUUACAGGCAGCAUUUUAGUAUUUGUAAAUGUUGUCCAUACUUGUUACACUAUAUAACAUUGUGUACUAUGGGACCAUAGUUUUAAUAUAUUAACUGUUUAAGUAAAGAACUUUGACAAAAGUAAGAUAAUACAAAAAGUCUAAUACAAAAAAAGUGCUUGAACACUUUUGCCUUUAAGGUAAAACAUUUUGGAUCAAAGUUAAAGCAGGUAGUCUUUUUGCUCUUUAGUAUUUUCAAUCAAGUGUUUUAUGUUUAAAUAGGUGAACGGUGAGUUUUAGAAACUGUCAGAAUCAGGGUUUUACCAAAUAUGUGUAAAUAAGAACUGGGAACUUAAAUGUUAUAUAGAUUAGUGUGUGUGUGUGUGUGUGCGUGCGUGCGUGCGUGCGUGAUAUUACGCUUGUACAUUGGAGGAACGUGAAGGGAAAAUGAGAACUGUAUAUACUGUUUGUAAUAUUACAUUUUGGUUUGUAUUUUUUCACUCGUUUCAAAGCAAACAGAAUGUGGCAGUAAUUACCGGCAUUGCAAACACAGGAUAUUUAGUUUUAUUUGUUAAGCCAUAAUUAGUAUUUUCGAUUACUCUCAUGCGUGCUCAGUGACUGGCUUGACCCCAACUAUAAAAUUUGAAGUGGCACACAUUACUUGUCCAUUUGUCUUCUGUAUUGAACUGUUAGGAUAAACAAGUAUUCUUUUAAAUUCAUUAUUGUUCAUAUGUACAGAAGAGAUUAUUGUCGACCUCUGAUGUUUAACUGUAUUAUAGUUGUCUGAUGGGGUUAAGAGAAAUUGUCCUGUUUCCUCCAAGCACAAUAAUUAAAAUGCACUAUCCUAGACAUCAACUUCA